UUCAGUGGAUGCAGACAGUGGACGUGCCGUAAAACACUCCRAARGUUUUCCUUUUAGUUUCUUUCCAGUUUUCCUGUCACGAUGAGUGAAUUAUCUAUGCUAGAAACCCUUAAGCUUUGGGACGAGGCCGUUUCGUCGACAGAGAAAGGACGAUACGAGGACGCCUUGAUGAAGUUCAUGUCUUUAGAACAACUGACAGACUCYAAUCAAACUUUGUUAACUUCAGCUAGGAACUUGUUUAACAUUGGUCAGACCUACUUCUCGCUUGAUAGAAUCGAUAUGGCUAUCAAGGCUUUUCAAGAAUCAAUAGGGAAGGACAAAAUGCUGGCAAUAGCACACUUCAUGCUUGGUUGUGCUCAUCUAAAGCAGAAACUYCACAAAGAUGCAUUACAAGACUUUGAGAAUGCCUUAUUCUUUCUCCGUGGUAAUCGUUUAAUUGACUACAAACAGCUUGGACUAAAGUAUAAACUCUAUGCAUGUGAGAUUCUGUGCAACAGAGGAAUUGCAUAUGCAUAUCUUGGAAAAGAUCAACAGGCAAAAUCUGAUUUUUUAAAAGCAGUUGAAUCUUGUGUAGAACCUCGUCAUGGAGUUAUCCAAGAUGCACUUCUCUGCUGGCAGAGAGGGAAAGGGAUGGAACCUAUUUUAGUUCCUCCAAUYGCAGUUUUCCAGCCUUCAAAAAGCAAGCUUCAAGUAACAAAAGAAACUGCUAACUACCUUGGCAAGUCUCAAGUGGUUGCUGCUAGGGUGAAAGAGACUAAUGGACAAAAGGAAACAAGGGAUAACCCAGAAAAGUCCAUCAAUGRAAGUGAAGACCAUACUCCUCGUGCUGUUGGCUUAGUUAAUGAAAGAAGUAAAUUGAUGAAGGAUCUUCGCRAUAAAGAAACCCGGAGAUCAUUGAAGAAAACCMAUGGUACUCAGCUUGAAAGCCUUCAACCUCCCUCUGUAGCACCACCUCCUCGUCCUACCUCACCACACCCUGGAAGAAGACAGGCUGUUAGUGUACCACCAUCAAAACCACUACCACCCUCACCACGGAGUAAAAGCCCACUUCCAAUUCAUCACCGUCCUCUACCUCCGAAUCCCGACAUUCCACCAACGAUAUCACGAUYGCCUGUGCGUCCACCAAAGAGACAAGGGAGAACUGUGACAUUUGAAUUAGUUAUUAGCAGAACAGUACAGGUGAACCAGGACGUGAMAACAAACCAGCUCUCUCAAGCUGCUGCUAAAGCGUUGGGUGUGUCAGAAGAUACGUUUUCCAUGUGGUUUGAUCGUGAAGGCGAUAUGGCGUCAGUCGACCAAGAAUCUCUGUCCUCCUUCUGGAAUUUGACGGACAGUAAACUAACAAUUUACUGUCGCGAGAAAAGAUAGUGUUAUAAAAACGGUUUGGAUACAGACUUGCUUCUCGGUCUAAUCGCUACUCAACCAGAGAGAAAAGGAUAAUGGACGGAAAUWUUUUCAACGAUUAAACAUGAUCUCGAUUGUUAAUGAUUGUUAAUAAUGCCUGCUCAUUUACCCAUAUUCCCUUUUCUUUCUAGUCGCGUGGGAACGAGACCGAUAAGCGACAACGUUUAAUUAGAAUGACKAUUUGAAUAGAGUACAAAGUCUUAAAAAGUUCUGAUUUAAGUAAGUCAGAUCUGAAUUACAUACAACUAUAGUCGAAAAGAUUCAGAUUCAUGCGUAUUUUCAUAUAAUGCAUUACAAUUUCCCAGUUUGCUUUGGUGCAAAAGUUCGAAAAUCUCCUUCUAGCCCCAUGCAACGCGCAUGUGUAAUUUUAGCUGGGUGYUUGUCAGUGGCCAGUUUAUCCUGAAUAGAAUUAAGCACUUCAUACUUUUAGUGUUUGUACUCUGACUUCAAAUGAGUCAAAGAAUUCAGAUAACUGUAAAAAAGCUUGCAAUAAAAAAAACUAGAUCCAUUAAUUAUGAACACUAUACGACUACUGUCGGCAAGAUUAACGAUGUCAGUUAAGAAUGGCAUCAGAUACGAUGGAGCAYUCUASAGAGUAUACUCAAGAACCAGUCUGAGAAAUAACUCAAUGCUCGUUGUUCAAAGCUGUCUGACCGCAACGUCGCUUCAGUUUGURCAUUUGUAAAUCCCUGGUUCAUCUUGCUGAACCGAUGUUAUUGAGGAGAGUACCAUUGCGUCCAUGUUUUUGUUUCWAUUUCCUUUUCUUCAUAAUGCAAUGAAGCUUCAAUUUUUUUCGGUGAUUUUUUUAUAGUUUUUGUCGAAUAGCUUUUCUAAGUCAGUGAGUUUUUACAAAACCUUUCGCCAGGGGGAGACUAGAGGACCCCCAAUUAUUMUUCUUGCUUUUCUCUUUGUCAAGUUACAACAAUAAAAUAAAAAAUACGCGGCGCGGCCCCAACGAUUAAUUACAAAUAAAUUCAAAAAUUGAUUAGGUAAUUAGCAACUAUUGUCAUAAUUCUAAAUCGUCAUUAAAUAUAUGUUAGAUAGUCUCCUUCACAGUUCCCUUCUCCAUUUUGAAAAGUAACCGUCCCUUUGCAUUGAAGUAAGACGACCGGUGGGUGUGCAAUGUCAGAAACCUGUGAUGAUUGUCUGAUUCAAGAGAUCGCCGUAACAGAGAUGGUGGUCUGAAAAUCAGGGUAAAGGGAGGGCGUAUUUAGCKGGGGUCACAGGAUGUCUUCAUUUAUAGACUUUUUACUGUAUACAGGGUUCGUACGGGUUUUGGAAAGUUUUGGAAAUCAAAAUUCCUUUUUCCAGGACCUGGGAAAGUUUUGGAAAAAAUAUUUUUUGACCAUCGGGCUAUGGAAAAGUUUUGAAUUUUUUUUAGACAUCCCACCUUUGAAAGAAAGUUUCUGUUUUCCUGUCAAUUCGAUAAAAAUGCCGAUUUCUUCGCUCCUGUAAAUUGAUUAUUUUACGAAAAAAGCCGGCUGGUUUCCUUCAAGAUCGACCAACAUGGACAGAAUUGUAUUUUAUAUAUGUUUUGGAAAUUUAGGUUGAUAGCUGUGGAAAAGUUUUGGAAAAGUUUUUGAAAUGUUAACUCUGGAAUCUGUAAGAACCCUGUGUAUAACUUUUAAAUAAGUUUUUUUUUUUCAUUUCUCCAUGAUUGAUGUCAUCUGACGUCGAAAAAAAAAAGUGAAAAAAAAAACCUUAACUCCCCCCAUGGAUACGACCUUGUUGAGUGUAAAUUAAAAAGGAGGACUGAUUUUAUAUUUGGUGAAGUUCAGUUUUCAAUAAAGUUGAUAUAAUUCACUCUCUCUCUCAGUCCCUUUUUGAAUUCUGAAUAGUCAUAUAAGGGGAACUUACAAGAAAUAUUUUCUGGAAUUUAUAAGUUAAAAAAUAAUAAAGUGUUAUAAACAAAACAGUAUUAURAAUAUAAUGUAUUUUUUUAUAUUAAGUUCUUAAAUAAAUUGUUACCAAACA